CUCUCGGAGCUGAUGAACAGGGCUUCUAUUACCAGGAUUUUUUAAAAUGUGAAUUCUUAGGUUUAGAGAGUGUUGUAUGUAUCGUUGUUGUUAAUAAAUAUACCCCAGCACACAGAGGACACGGAUAUACAGAGUGGAUACUGCAAAAUAUCCAAAUAAGAUUGAUGGAGGUGGAUGAAGUUUGUGGGGUAGCAUCUGGGCGGAGGGAAAUGGCUACCUGGCACACAUAACUGCGCCACUACCUCAAGUGUCAAGUGUUGAAGUGUGUAAGUGUCGAGGGCGAGGUGACAGUGACCCAAGGUGCGGGGGGUUAGAGGGGGACACACAUCAAGAUGGACACACCGUCAACCAGCACCACCACCCCGGCCACCACCACCAACAACCAGAAGCCAAAGAUAGACCCCCUACAGUUGCUGAAAUGCCUCAGUAUUUUGCUAAACCCGCGGGGUGGCAUACGAGGUGAAACUGAGGUUCAGCGUGUGAAAGGGCUGAUGGCAAAGUACUCCAAGAAGCUGGUGAGCAAAUGUAUCUACCUCAACAUCCUGCAGGCAACUGACAUCCCUCUCCUGGACCUGUUCUACGAAGAGGGAGGCUGGGAGCUGGUUGGGUUAUGGCUGCAGGAGGCGGUGAAUUCCAAAAAUUGGCCGUUGGCCACCCAGGUGCUCAAUCUCCUAGAGACGUCUCCCAUGACGGUGGCCAGACUCAAGAGGAACACCACCCCAAAACUGGUCAAGGAGCUCUCUAAGGAGUCCACCAGUCCAGGUGUACAGCUUGCAGCCAAACAGCUGGUACUAAAAUGGAUGGAGGUGGUACGGCAGGGUGAUGGGGUGGCCACAGCUGCGGGCGUGGGCCUGGCCAACUAUGUCGUCAAUUCUGCCGACGAAGACAGCGUGGAGGCGCCGGGCCCCCAGGCCGAGACACCCAAAGAGCCGACUGCAAAAAGUAGUAAUGGCACUGGUGAGGCAGAGGUGGCUGCCCCACAGGCAGCAGCAGACUCCUCACAGGGGGAGGGUGGUGAUGGCAGCUCCUCCCUCUCGUGUCAAGAUGAAUCUUCAAACACCUCCACGGAAAGUGACAAUACGCCGCUGCCCACCACGCCCAUCCGUAUAACCAUCCGCAGUGGGUCGCAGGUCCUGGCCAAGGUGUCUUCGCAGCGCCAUAGUCAAGAUUCGACAGACAGCGAUGACAACAAGCCGCUCAGUGUGAUCAAACAGGAGGUGGCAAAGGCCCGUACAGCUGCAACGGUUGUCACUACUGGCGUCGGUCACGAAGAUAAGAAUGAUACAGCAGUGGAACCUAUGGACACAGGGGACAAUACUAAUGUUGCUGCCCCAGUGGAGACUGAUGGUAGUGGUUCUGGCAAAAGUCAAGUUCCAGUGUUUGUUAGUGUUAGUUCAGCGGUGAUUAGCACGGCUGCUACGACCACCACCACCACUCUCACCACCACCACAUUGCCGGCGACAGAGUCCGUCAGCGCCACGAAGGCUCCGGCCGUUCACACCAUAGUUACGUUCACGGGCAGCCUGGCCGCCUCCGCCGUACCCGUUGCAUCCCAAGGCGGCAUCACGCCUUCACCACCCUCUGACGCCAAACCCCAGAGUGCCCCCGAGACAGAAAAUAAGGGCAACGCCACGAACGGCACGAAUGCCGGAAACAAAACCGAGUCCGUAUCUAGUUUGAGUACCGACGAAGUCGACAGUUGCGAUAAGUCGGAGGACAAGAGUGAAGUGAAGAGUGAUGUGAAAAAUGAAAAAGACAAGAAAAAUGAUUCCAGUAAAUAUAAAGACAAAAAUAAAGACAAAGACAGAGAAAGGGAUAAGAAAUUAAGGGAAUCUGAUAAAAAGAAAGAUAAAGAUAGAAACCACAAAGGCAGAAGCAGCAGCAUGAGUAGCAAUAGUAGUAAGUGUGAUAGGGAGAGAGAUAAAAGCUCUAAAGACCACAGUAAGUCUAGGAGUAACAGACACAGAAGAAGUGACAGCAGAGACAAGGACAGGAAGGACAGAGACCGAAGCAAGAGCAGUAAAGAUAAAAAGAGCAGCAGCAGAGACAAAGAUAGACAUAAAGAUAAGGAUAAAGACAAAGACAAGCGUGAAGAUAAGAAGAAAAAGGAACAGGAAAAUGAAGACAAAGCUACUCUGGAAAAGGUGAAGCCUCUAAGUGUAGAUGGACUGGCCAAGAUCCCCAGGAAGUCUACCCCGGCCAGUUUCCUCGAUGCCUUGGGUUCUGCAGACGUCGACCUGCAGGAGUCCAAGAAGCCCUCGGUCAAGACGUACAAGUCUCGCGGGUUCAGAAACACCGGACUCUUGGACGAGCCCACCAAGCUGCCCGGCGUGGCAGGGAAGAAGCCGUCCGGCACCGGGACGGGUCCCAAUAGUGGGAUGAAGCGCACUACGCCCCUCGAAGACCUGGCCUCCACGCCCCCCGACAAACGCGUUCGCUCGUCCGUGUCGUCGUUGCCGCUCAGCACUGACAAGCCCGGAGGAGUCAAGCUAAUAUCGCCCAAACGACCGUCUCUGUCUGACGAUGGCGGGUUUAUGGCGGCGCUCACAGCUGCUGGCCCUGAAACACGUAAGAAGGUGACCCGUAAAAGGAAGUCUAGUGAGAGUGAUCCCAAAGACCCCAAGAGUGAGGUGAAGGAGGAGGACAAGAAGGAGGAAGAUGCUACGUCCCCCGCCUCCUCCCCCACCAAGGCGGAGGACAAGAGCGUCAUGCUGUCCCCCACCAGCGUGAGGCCAACCUUCAACUUCUAUCAAGAGACAUUAAAGGACGAUGAUGAUGAAGACAAGACCAAGGCAGAGAGUAAUGAUGCAGAGAAGACAGAGGGAGAAGAGGCGAUGGAGGCGAAAAACGGAGAGGAAGGGAGCGAGGAGAACCACCAACAGAGCGAGAGUCAGGACGGAGACGUGGAGAUGAAGGAGGAGGGUAACGGAGACGACCUCAACGCCACCCAGAUGGAGUUGGAAGAAAGUGAGGCCAAGGAGUCGUCAUCAGAGGCUGGGGGUGGUGAUGGUGGCAGUAAUGGUGAUGGUGCUGUGGCAAUGAAGGACGAUGACAUCCCCCGAGCGCCGGCUGUGCCCGCCCCCGCCCACGAGGACUACGAGAAGGUGGAGGUGACAUUCUCCUCGCCCAACCCUGAGAGCAUACGCAGCGUCCUGGUCUACCACCGCCCCGUCAACCGCAAGAAGAAGUCUGUGAAAUGGAAGACCGAGGAUGAUCUGAAGGAAGUCUUCCUCUUUGAACUGGAUGAGACUGAGAGAGUUAACGUCAACACAAUAAAGUUCAACGAGCUGAUGGUGAUGGAGAAGCAGAGGGAGCGCGAGGCCAUGGGCAAGUCUCGAGUCUUGCCGGGCCAUGUGGGAGCCUUGGGAGGAGGCAUGAAUAAUGCCAUGGGAGACGAACACAUGAUGGGUAACAUGAGCAUACACCCAAAUCACAUUAAUGUCCAAGAGUACAUGAGGUGGUCACUACUGCCAGUCAAUCUCACCGGUCAGCCAAACAUCACUCCAGGGUGCAGGAGCCAAGAGAGAGUCAUCCAGGCCACCAGAGAGAGCUCCACCAUGGCUGCCUUCUUCCACCCUGCUAUGCUCCCAGACACUCCUCGUGAACCAGACCCAGAGCUGGUGGUCCGAGCAGAGCCAAAAGAAGUCCCCCUACAUGAUGUGUCCGGGCAAGACAACAUGCACGAUCAUCGCAACAAGUUGUGGCCAGAACCCAUCAUCAACGACCCCAUGAAUUAUGGCUAUGGAGGCAUCGGCAGCAUGGGCAACAUGGGUGGAAUGUCUGGCGGUGGUGGGGGUGUCAGCAGUGGGAGUGGCAGCUCUGGUGGUGGAUCACACUGGGUUAUUGGAGGACCCCCAAGUGGUGGAUUUGCUGCUGCUCCUAUGUAUGGAGGACAUGCGGGACCUGGUGUUGGACCAACUGGACCUGGUGGAUAUGGUGGACCUGGGCAUGGCAACUAUGGUGGUGACAUGGGUGGAGGCAUGGAUGGUCCUGGUUGGGGUGGUCCGGGGCCUGAUUAUUCUGGACAAAAUAUGAUGAUGGGCAGUGGAGGGCAAGGCAUGAUGAUGGGUCCUAGACCCAACAUGGGCCCUCGUGGCAUGAUGCCCAAUGUUGGGAUGGGAGGAGGACCAAGAUUCCGUGGGCGAGGCGGCGGCUGGGGCCCCCGGGGCACGCCGCCACCUUGUAAACACUUCAUGAACGGUCAUUGUCGACACGGAAAGAACUGCAAGUUCCUUCAUGCCAAGCAAUACUAGUUGUGCUGUGUUGGGUAAACACAUGAGAUGGAUCAGGGCCUACACUUGCUACCUAAUAUUGUCACUACAGUACAGUGCUCUCAAAGAGGACCAGAUAUUUCUGUUAAUAGUUGACUACAUAUAUUGUUGUGUAAAUAUCUCUUGGUUAUUAUAUAUUUCCUUGGAAAUUUUGACAUUGUAAAUACAUUUGAAUACAUUAUUCAAGGAAUUACAACUAUGUACAGUAUAUUAUUUUGUGUAUGAAAUGAACUUUUGUAUAAAUAAACUGUUUUGGUGUAAA